AUGCAUUGUCACUCGUAACAUGUCUCCAGUAAGAGAGUCAGCAUGAAGAAGUCUCUUAAAGUGACCAGACCACGAAGCCAUGGGAGUGAUUCAGAUGGCACUGAUCAAGUUCAUGACCAAAGCAUCGUAAUCCCCACCGAACUCAACGCUAUAGCUGAUAGCUUCGAAAAGAAAGAACUCUCAUGGUUUAUCACUUCUCAAAUGAAAACUGAUUUAUCAAUCGAAGUUCAAGAUAUCACCUUUAAAGUUCACAAGUAUCCCUUGGUGGCAAAAUGUGGCUACAUAGGACGUUUAGAACUUCAGCCUUCACUCUCAAAUUCGGGGUACGACCUCAAGCUUGAAAACAUUCCGGGAGGACCAGAAACAUUCAAAAUCAUUUUAAAAUUCUGUUAUGGUCUCCCAGUAGACUUAAACAGUAACAACAUAGCUCCACUAAGAUGUGCAUCAGAAUUUCUAGAGAUGACCGACGAAGUAGAAGAUGGAAAUCUCAUCACCAAGACUGAAGCUUUCCUCACAUUUGUAGUCCUUUCCUCAUGGAAAGACACCAUUACUGUCCUAAAAUCCUGUGAAACUCUAUCUCCAUGGGCUGAAAAUCUCCAAAUUGUCAGAAGAUGCUGUGACUCGAUAGCUUGGAAGGCUUCUAGAGAAAUCUCAACAACUGGAGAUGCAGUUUAUGAAGAAGGGUGGUGGUUUGAUGGUGUGGCGGCCCUUUGCAUUGAUCAUUUCAUAAAGAUUAUAACAGCUAUAAGGGCAAGGGGAACAAAACCAGAGAUCAUAGGUAAAUGUAUCAUGCACUAUGCAGAGAGAUGGUUGCCUGACAUGGACAUCGAGUUAGGAGGACUAAGAGGAUAUGGGCAUGGAAAGAGUGAGCUGCAGCUCAGUAUUUAUAGUGGGAAGGAGGAAGGGGGCAUUGGACUCAGCAAGGAGCAAAAAACAAUUAUUGAAAGCGUAGUAAGCAUACUUCCUCCUCAACAAGAGGCUGUUUCAUGUAAGUUCCUAUUCAAGAUGUUAAAGAUGGCGAUGGUAUAUUCUGCAACACCAGCAUUGAUUUCAGAGCUUGAAAAGAGAGUGGGGAUGAUGUUGGAAGAUGCCAGUGUCAAUGAUCUUCUGAUCCCUAGUUACAAAAAUGCCAAUCAAGAAAAACUGGUGAAUUCACCUGAACAACACACAAUGCACGACAUAGAUGUUGUGCAAAGAAUAGUGGAAUAUUUUUUGAUGCAUGAACAGCAACAGCAGAAGCCUGGCAAAUGCAAUAUCAGUAAGCUCUUAGACAAUUACCUAGCUGAGAUUGCAAAAGACUCAAAUCUCUCUAUCACCAAGUUUCAAGUUUUAGCUGAAUCAUUACCAGAAAAUGCUCGACCAUGUGAUGAUGGUCUCUAUAGAGCCAUUGACAUCUACCUCAAGACACAUCGUUCACUAUCUGAGCAUGACAGUAGAAGACUCUGCAAAAUAAUGAACUGUGAGAAACUCUCUCUUGACGCAUGCAUUCAUGCCGCACAAAAUGAUCGAUUGCCUCUAAGAACCGUUGUCCAGGUGCUGUUUUCAGAGCAAGUAAAGAUGAGGGCAGCAAUGCAAGAGAAGGAGCCAGCACCAAGUGGAAAUAUCUCAGAACAGGAGGGAAACCAGUCAUCUACAGUCACGGAGAUCAAGAAUCUCAAGGCUGAGCUUGAGGUUGUAAAGACAAAGAUGGCAGAGCUGCAAAGAGACUACUCUGACCUGCAACAGGAGCAUGAAAAGCAAAACAAGCCAAAGAAUGUAACAGGUUGGAGUUUCACUUGGAGGAAGAUCAGGAACUCUUUACAUGCUAGAGUGGAAGGGGACGAAACUGGAGAUGGACAGCAGAGACCCAACCGCCUCAGACGAAGGUUAUCCGCCUCUUAAAUUUUCUUAGCAUCAAACAUCAUGUGAUACAAAUGCAACAAUAGCCUUAGAGAGGAUCAUCCCUAUCUCUGUUUCAGAUUCGGUGAGUUUUUUUGCACAAGGUUUGGA